CGCGCUAGUUUCGUUUGUGAUAUGUGAAAAAUUGUAACAAGUGCACGUGCCACGAUGAUUUUUAAAAGCUGUAUUAUAGUGAUCACAGUAGGUGCCAUCUGCAUUAGCACUGUGAAGGCGCUGAACUGUAACAGUUGUACCGGAACCGAUUGCGUUACUAGUGUCGGGACUUCAGUGUUGUGUUCUGGUUCAUCGUCAGUGGAAAAAUGUUACACGAAAUUUAGUGGCUAUCGAGCCACUCAGAGGGGUUGUUGGUCAGCGUUGUCAUCCAGCGAACAGGGUUUGUGUCCGGGGAUUGAUUGCGAAACUUGUACCGAAGACAACUGCAACCAGAAUAGCAGAUCGACUCACAAGUGUGUCGUAUGUUCCUCUUCGACAAAUGCGGAUUGUCUUAGCGCUCCCACCAAUCUGCAGGCCACACAAUGCGCGGCCCCCAGCACGGAUGUGACGGAAAAUCAGUGCUUUUCGAGAAUGACUAAUGGUAUCGCCAGUCGGGGCUGCGUUCAAUCACAGAACGAUAUCACCUCGUGCACCGGAUCACCCCCUUGCGAAACUUGUGCCGGACAGGGUUGCAACAUUGGCUCAUAUCAAAAAUGCGUCAAAUGCAGCGGUUCGGCGUGUAAUGGCGCCAUCACCACCAGCAAUUGUGACCUUCCCAGCGACAAUUGUGCCAUCGUUCAGAACAAUGACGGCACACUUACGAAAAACUGCGAGAAAAGUCUCUCCGAUACGGACAAAUCGUUCUGCGGGUCGAACCCAACCAAAUGCUUCUAUUGUGGCAUUGAUGAGUGCAACAAGGGCGAUAUCAACCUACAAACCAGCCCGAAGUGCUACACGUGUGAAGGAACCGACUGUCUACGAUCGAAAAUGGAAAUCGAAACCUGCCACAACAUCGACGAUUCAUGUUUUACCAUAUUUGAUGGAUUCAAUCCGGUACGCCGUGGUUGCAGGUCAGCACUUAGUGCGCAGAACAAGGCCACCUGCGAUAAUGCGAACGAUGUCAGCUGUGAUCUUUGCACGGGUGAUGUUUGCAAUCUGAAAAGUCGCUCGGAUCACAAGUGCCAGUACUGUUCAUCGGUUGUGAGUGAGGGAUGUGUGGCCAGUCCGAAUAGUCCGGUUCAAUGUCCCGCACCGACCACCGAAGUCAGCGAUGAAGGCCAGUGCUACACGAGAGUCAUAGGCAACGUCACGGAACGAGGUUGCCUCGGAUCGGCAGUAAACGCACUGGAAUGUAAAUCGCCCGAAAACUGCCAAAUGUGCGCCAUCCAAGGUGGAACUGCGUGUAACACUGCCGUUUUUCCCGCGAGCCGCAGAAAAUGUGUGGUCGGUAGCACGCGGGAUCAAUACUGUUCGGAUCCAAACGAUAGCUGCGUACAGAUGAUGCAAGGCACAACCCGAAGCAAAAAGUGCAAGUCAGCCAUGAGUGCGACAGAGGUGGCCUUCUGUCAGGCAAACAGCAAUAAGUGUGACUUUUGCAGCUCGGGUGAUAACUGCAAUUCCCAGGACAAGACGUUCAACUAUCUCGACUGUUUAUCCUGCGACUCCAGCACCGAUUCCCGAUGUACGUCCAACCCGGGAGCGAUCACCACCAUCCAGCAAUGUAGCUCUUGUGUCACGCGCUAUUCCAACACGUCGAGAACCGUACGGCGUGGUUGCCUGACGACAUCAGAACAAUGCCAAGCAAGCACAUCGUCGGGAGAUAUGUGCAGCAGUUGUACCGCGAAUCGUUGCAACAGUGCAAUCUAUCCGACCGGUCGCCUAGCCUGUUACAGUUGCCAGGGUGGGUCCUGUUUUUCGCAUGAUUCAAUCAAACUCGAGUACUGCCCAAUGUACCAGCAGGGAGACAGCUGCAUUGUGCAAUUUGACUCCAGUUAUCAGCUGCUUCGGAUGGGCUGCAGGAGUUCACUUAGCACGAGUGAGGCAACAACCUGUUCAUCAAAUUCCGAACUCUGCAAAACCUGUAGCACGGCUGAAUGUAACGAGCCUUCAGCGCAUAUGCCGAGGGCCAGUUGCGUUCAGUGCAACAGUGCAACUGAUAUCAAUUGUAUUGAAAGAGCUCAGAACUACGAAGCUGAACCUUGCAACGACCCAUUAAAUACUCAGUGCUACUCCCGGCUUGUGAUGGCCAGUUUGACCCAGCGAGGUUGCGUCAGUGAUUUGGAUAGUACUUCCAAGACUCAAUGCUCACAGGGCUAUCGAUGCAGUCUGUGUGCGUCCGCCUCCGGAAAAUGCAACUCACAGGCGUAUCCGGCGGGUUGGAUAAAAUGCUACCAGUGUGAUUCCUCGCAGGACGCCUCCUGCAAGAACGCCCAAACCGGAACGGUUAGUUAUUGUUCAACCUAUGACAGUGCCAACGCGUGCUAUACCAUCGUGCAGCAGAGCGGCGCAACGGUAAGAAAGUGUUCCUCCCAAAGUCGUGCAGUGCAAUGCGCAGGAGCCGAUCGGUGUGAGGUGUGUCUUUUUAAUGGCUGCAACAAUCGAGUGUCAACGGCCGUCAUGAGUAUGAACGAAACCACAACCACCACGACACCUGCGCCGGGUGCGGCCAAUCGAGUCAUUGACGCUAAUCUGGUCAUGGUGCUGCUGCUCGUGAUUACAUUCGUGGUGCGUCUUCCCGUCAAGCUGUGCUGACGGAAGAUUGAUGUGUGAACGUGACAGUGCAUUUCAGUCAGAGCAGUAGAAUAAAUUAGAUUGAUUAUUUCGAAACUUCGUA